AUGAGGUUUCAGCACUCUCCAUUAUCUUCAUCUUCCCAAAAGAUGCCUAAAUUUUCAAAACGAAGCAUCGAAAACCUCCAGAUCUAUGUUGAAAGGCAUUUGGAUGGAGAGAACCAAGAUGGUUUUCUCAACCAACAAGGGUUAGUCUACUGCGGCCAAAACGGCUACGAGGGAGGCUUGAGAGAAGCCUGUGCCACCGGCAACUACAAGGACGUCCUCAGAGCCUUCUUCAACCAGUUCGGCGGCAGCCAAGAUCCGCAGCUGAACCUCGCCGGCCAUUGUGAUCCCAACACCAACGACUGCACUUUCCUAAGCAACGACAUCAUCUCGUGCCAGAGGGAUUACAAUGUCAAGGUGAUGCUCUCCCUGGGCGGCGCCAUCGGCAACUACCUCCUGGUGUCCGAGGAGGAAGCCUGGGAGGUCGUCCACCACAUCUGGAACAAUUUCUUGGGUGGCUCUUCCUCCAUGAAAGACAGUUCAGACCACCAUGUGGAAUAA